ACUACCAUAGCAUUCUUGUUACAUAUUUACUGCAAACUCUCAAAAGAUAUUGGCAUGCUAAAGUUUAGUUUGUUAGAAAUUAAAGAUGUUGAUAUUUUCGUUUUGCGUGUGCAUUUUUUCAGUGACAUUAGUUUCGGGAUCGAAAUUGAACAACGAGCCGCAAUGUGUGUCUAGAUUUGAUUUCGAUUACAAAGUCCUUACGAAGUUUGUAGAACUUGAAACGGAAACCAAACGAUUGCAGAAUAUUGUAACAGAACAGGGAAACCUGAUUGAAGACCUAAAGGAAACUUCCCAGGAGUUAAGAAUCAGAGUUCGUGAUCAAGAAAGAUCUGUCAAUGCUUUGAAAUCGGCAAGUGGCGAUUAUGACGAUUUUCGGGGGGCGUCUUACGUUCGAUGGGGGCGAACCUCAUGUCCUGCUAACGGUACUUCACUGGUUUACGAGGGAUUUGCUGGAGGUUCCUUUUACACACACAAAGGGGCUGCCGUGAAUUACCUUUGUCUGACGAAGGAACCACUUUGGGGUAACUACAAAGAUGCGGCGCUUGCCGAAGGAGCAUAUCUUUAUGGUGGCGAGUAUCAAUUCAACAGUAGGAAUCGUAACAACUUCUUUGGCAAAGAGAUACACCAACAUGAUGCACCCUGCGCAGUUUGUGAAACGAAGAGGUCGACCAUACUUAUGAUUCCUGGACGAAACAAGUGUCUGGAUGGAUGGACAGAGGAAUACCACGGUUAUCUUGUAGCCGGGCAAUUCAGUCACGAUGCAGGGUCCGAGUACAUAUGUUUGGACGCAAAGCCAGAAGUUAUCAGUGAUAGUGUAAAAAGUCUGGACGGGAAAUUGUUUUACCUUGUUGAAGGAAGGUGUGGAACUUUGCCAUGUCCACCGUAUGUCAACAAUCGGGAGAUAACAUGUGUGGUGUGCUCAAAAUAAGGAAAUAAAUGUGCAUUACAACUACAAAUGACUUGAAAUAUAUAUAUACUCUAUGGGAUAAGUCAAUACUCAAAGCUUAUAAGACUUGUACGCAGUGUUUAAAUAUAAAAUAUUGUAUAUGCUAUAUUUGUGAAACAGGUCCAACUGUGUUCUUAUUUUCAUCCAACAUCCUAUUUCGACAACCUAGUGAUAGAUGAUGGGCCUCGAAGGAUUUAAAACCAACAAUGACAGGAAUCAUCAAGACUUGUCUUAUAUAAAAGCUUAUAUUGGCUGAUGUGUACUGUGUACACACCUAGAAUAGUAGUUGUAUUAUGUAUGAUUUGAAAUUGUCUCUAUAUCUUAUAAUAAUGUUAUAGAUACUGCUUUGGCCAGUUUAUUUGUGACUAUUUACGAAUAAAGAAGGUAAUGAUUUCUA